AUGAAGUCGCUCGUCACCUUGUCGGCCCUCUGCGCCUUCGCCGCCGCCCACUUUACCCUCACCUACCCGCCCUCCAUCGGCUUCGAGGACGCCGACGAGGACAAGGCUCCCUGCGGCGGCUUCACCCCCGACUUCACCAAGGACCUCGUCGACUUCCACGUCGGCGGCGAGGCCAUCGCCGUCCGCCUCAUGCACCCUCAGUGCAACUGGCUCUUCCGCGUCACGACGGACGAAAAGGCCGCCUCCGGUUGGGAGCAAAUCUUCCCCAUCGUCCAGCAGAGCGGCCUCGGCGACUUUUGCGAGCCCCAAGUCACCGUCCCCGAGAGCUACGUCGGCAAGAAGGGCGUCGUCGGCGUCGUCUCCUCGGCCGUCGACGGUCUGCUGUACCAGUGCAUCGCCGUCAACUUUGUCCCGGGCUCGGCCGAGCCUCCGUCCAAGUGCAAGAACGGCACCAUCAAGGCGUCCUUUGUCGCGGAUGCGAGCUUAUCCGCUCUCGUCGGCAAGUCGGCUGACGGCGCUGCCGAGGGAACGUCCACCACCACGGCCGCCGCCGCGGCCGCGACGACGAGCAAGAGUGCCGCCUCGACCAUGGCGCUUGGCUGGAGCAGCUCGCUGGCGGCGCUGUUCAUCCUCGCCCUCGGAGGGGCCCUGUACAACUAG